CGUUCGUGUGUUCUGUGAUCUUUUGCGGCGUCUUCUUGGUUGAUGUCUCCAGAGCGGCGGCGGCGGCGGCGGCGGCGCCCGUUCCUGAACUGAGUUAUUCCGGAGGCCCCGGGCUCUGGCCGCUUUCUCCCGCCGGUCGGUCGUGCGGAUCCCUCGCUUCCUUCGGCCUCUGCCCGUCUCCCGUCCGUGGUUCGUUGCGCCCGCUGGCCUUCGGGCCGAGCCCUCACCCGUCUCUCAGUGCUGGGAAUUUGAGCCCAAGGCCUCAUGCAUGUGCUCUGCCAUGGAGCUACACCCCUAGCCCUGAGAUCAGCAAGAUUUAAAUGAAGAUUUCCAUGAGGACAACUGACAAGGACUUGAAUGGCCUCAUUUUAGCUGCUUCUGUGUGUGGAGCUAUUAUUUGCUCCUUCAGUUCUGGUCCCUGGUGUGACAGUGGCUCCUGAGCACCAUGAAGGUUGUCCCAGAGAAGAAUGCUGUCCGGAUCCUCUGGGGCCGAGAGCGGGGCACUCGUGCCAUGGGUGCUCAGCGACUUCUGCAGGAGCUGGUGGAAGAUAAGACUCGAUGGAUGAAAUGGGAGGGCAAGAGAGUAGAACUGCCUGAUAGUCCACGCUCAACCUUCUUACUGGCCUUCAGCCCAGACAGGACUCUCUUGGCAUCCACACAUGUGAACCAUAACAUCUAUAUUACAGAGGUUAAGACUGGCAAGUGUGUUCACUCUCUGAUUGGACACCGCCGUACACCAUGGUGUGUCACUUUUCAUCCCACCAUCUCAGGCCUUAUUGCUUCUGGCUGCCUAGAUGGGGAAGUUAGGAUUUGGGAUUUACAUGGUGGCAGUGAAAGCUGGUUCACAGAUAGCAAUAAUGCCAUAGCGUCCUUGGCUUUCCAUCCUACGGCUCAGCUUCUACUGAUUGCCACUGCCAAUGAGAUCCACUUCUGGGACUGGAGUCGACGGGAGCCCUUUGCUGUGGUGAAGACAGCUAGUGAGAUGGAACGCGUCCGUUUGGUGAGAUUUGAUCCACUUGGACACUACUUACUGACAGCAAUUGUUAACCCUUCUAAUCAGCAGGGUGAUGACGAACCAGAGAUUCCUAUAGAUGGAACAGAAUUAUCUCACUACCGCCAGCGUGCCCUCCUGCAAUCACAGCCAGUUCGCCGGACACCUCUCCUUCACAAUUUCCUGCAUAUGCUGUCCUCCCGCUCCUCUGGCAUCCAGACCGAGCCCUUCCAUCCCCCGGAGCAGGCUUCAUCAACGCAGCAGGACCAGGGCCUCCUGAACCGGCCAUCUGCCUUCAGUACAGUCCAGAGCAGCACUGCGGGCAACACGCUCCGCAACCUCAGUCUGGGUCCUACCCGUCGCUCUCUGGGGGGCCCUUUGUCUAGCCACCCUUCUAGGUAUCACAGAGAACUAGCCCCUGGGCUGACAGGUUCUGAGUGGACCCGGACAGUACUCACUCUGAACUCCCGCUCUGAGGUAGAAUCUAUGCCCCCGCCCAGGACCAGUGCCUCCUCAGUGAGUCUGCUGUCUGUGCUGAGACAGCAGGAGGGUGGCUCUCAGGCGUCUGUGUACACUUCAGCCACAGAAGGAAGGGGUUUUCCCUCAUCAGGACUGGCUACUGAGUCAGAUGGAGGGAAUGGUUCUAGCCAAAACAACUCGGGCAGCAUUCGCCAUGAGCUUCAGUGUGACCUGAGACGCUUCUUUUUGGAGUAUGACAGGCUGCAGGAACUGGAUCAGAGCCUGAGUGGGGAAGCUCCCCAGACCCAACAGGCCCAGGAAAUGCUCAACAAUAACAUUGAAUCUGAGAGGCCAGGUCCUUCUCAUCAGCCCACCCCACACAGCAGUGAGAACAACUCUAACCUGUCUCGGGGCCAUCUUAAUCGCUGCCGUGCUUGCCAUAAUCUUCUGACCUUCAACAAUGAUACCCUGCGUUGGGAAAGAACCACACCUAACUACUCAUCUGGCGAGGCUAGCUCUUCCUGGCACGUCUCUACCACCUUUGAGGGCAUGCCACCAAGUGGCAGCCAGUUGCCACCUCUUGAGCGGACUGAGGGCCAAACACCUAGCUCCAGCAGGCUGGAGUUGAGCAGCUCAGCUAGUCCACAAGAGGAGAGGACUGUGGGGGUGGCCUUUAACCAGGAAACAGGCCACUGGGAACGAAUUUAUACCCAGCCCAACAGAUCUGGAACUGUAUCACAGGAGGCCUUACAUCAAGAUAUGCCUGAAGAAAGCUCUGAGGAAGACUCCCUCAGGAGGAGGCUGCUGGAGUCUUCCCUCAUUUCAUUAUCCCGUUAUGAUGGAGCAGGAUCCAGAGAGCACCCAAUUUACCCAGACCCAGCGAGAUUAUCUCCUGCUGCAUACUACGCCCAGAGGAUGAUCCAGUAUCUCUCACGGAGAGACAGUAUUCGCCAGCGCUCCAUGCGCUACCAACAGAAUCGCCUUCGUUCUUCCUCCUCCUCCUCUUCCUCAGACAACCAGGGUCCGUCAGUAGAGGGAGCCGACUUGGAAUUUGAGGACUUUGAGGACAAUGGUGACAGAUCUAGGCACCGAGCUCCCCGCAAUGCCCGGAUGUCUGCACCUUCACUUGGACGCUUUGUCCCAAGGCGUUUUUUGCUGCCUGAGUACUUGCCUUAUGCUGGGAUUUUUCAUGAACGUGGACAGCCUGGCUUGGCUACUCACUCUUCUGUUAACAGGGUCCUGGCAGGGGCCGUGAUUGGAGACGGACAGUCUGCUGUGGCCAGUAACAUUGCCAAUACUACCUACCGGCUUCAGUGGUGGGACUUCACAAAGUUUGACCUUCCAGAGAUCAGCAAUGCCUCCGUCAAUGUCCUGGUACAGAACUGCAAGAUCUACAAUGAUGCCAGCUGUGACAUUUCUGCAGAUGGCCAGCUCUUGGCAGCUUUCAUUCCGAGCAGCCAAAGGGGCUUUCCUGAUGAAGGCAUCCUGGCAGUGUAUUCCCUGGCCCCCCAUAACUUGGGGGAAAUGCUCUACACCAAGCGAUUUGGUCCCAAUGCCAUUUCUGUAAGCCUGUCUCCAAUGGGCCGAUACGUAAUGGUGGGCUUGGCCUCACGAAGGAUCUUGCUGCACCCCUCCACAGAGCACAUGGUAGCCCAGGUCUUCAGGCUGCAACAGGCCCAUGGUGGUGAGACCUCCAUGAGGAGAGUUUUCAACGUCCUUUACCCCAUGCCUGCUGACCAGCGGAGACAUGUCAGCAUCAACUCUGCCCGUUGGCUACCUGAGCCAGGGCUUGGUUUGGCCUAUGGCACCAACAAAGGAGACCUGGUGAUCUGCCGACCAGAGGCCUUAAACUCUGGUGUUGAGUACUACUGGGACCAGCUAAAUGAGACGGUCUUCACUGUCCACUCAAACAGCAGGAGCAGCGAGCGACCUGGAACCAGUAGAGCCACAUGGCGGACAGACAGAGACAUGGGCUUGAUGAAUGCAAUCGGGCUGCAACCUCGGAACCCUACCACCUCUGUGACAUCUCAGGGCACCCAGACUCUAGCCCUCCAGUUGCAGAAUGCUGAAACACAGACUGAGAGGGAGGAAGAGGAGCCAGGGACAGCAUCCUCAGGUCCUGGUGAAGGCGAGGGCUCAGAAUAUGGCGGCAGUGGGGAAGACGCCCUCAGCCGGAUCCAGAGGUUAAUGGCCGAGGGUGGCAUGACAGCUGUGGUACAGCGAGAACAGAGCACCACCAUGGCCUCCAUGGGUGGCUUCGGCAACAACAUCAUCGUCAGUCACCGCAUUCAUCGCAGCUCCCAGACAGGCACAGAGUCAGGCGCUGCUCGUACCUCCUCACCCCAGCCCUCCACCUCUCGGGGACUGCUCUCAGAACCUGGACAACUGGCAGAGCGAGGCCUAAGCCCCCGGACAGCUUCCUGGGACCAGCCUAGUACCUCUGGGAGGGAACCACCUCAGUCAGCUCUACUGUCUUCCUCCCCUGUCCCCAUUCCAGUCCCCCUUGCCAGCAAUGAGGGACCAACCAUGCACUGCAAUGUGACCAAUAAUAGUCACCUUCCUGAGGAUGAUGGCAGCAGCAGGGGGGAAGCUGCAGGCCCUAGUGGGGAGCCACGGAACCGGUAGAGUCCAAAACAGGCACUGGCGCCUCCCCUCAAGCCGCUGAACAGAAGCUGGGCCUCACAGCUGGCUGGGAACUGUACACACAGAAGGGCUGAUGUCUGUAUCUGGGAACAGGAGGAAUGAGGGGGUGGGGCAUGGAGCCAGUGGGUUAGGGGCAGUCCAAGGGGCAAGACUGGCCUGGGGGACUAGAGCCCUCCAGGAUCUGGAGCCCAGAAGAGCCACACUGCUGGACCUGAUGUGAAUGAAGAAGCAAGUGGGUGUCUCUGCCACAUACUCCCCUUUCUCCUAGGGUCACUGGCCUAGGGGACUCAGCCCUGGGCAGGUGCCCCAAAAGAGUGAAGUCUUCCAGAUCUAGACCGCACCAUCCUGGACAAAACAGUGGGGCAGUUCUUCCCUGCCCACUACCUGGGGGGCAGAGCCACCAGAAGCAGAGGAGCAGCCUACCCCCUACCCCCAGUUGCCCCCAACUCAUAAACCUAGAGUUCCAGCCUCUCCUUAUCCCCUCAUCCCACAAAGACAUAAAAGUUGGGCCCAGCUUCCAUUAGGGGACUUCCUGUAUUCACAAGUGGGGACACCUGUGAAGUGAAGGGAGCAGCCUGCUGGCCUGACACAGUAUGGAGUCAAUGCACAGUGGUGGACAGGUCCUGGGGGGGGGUGUAGGCUGGCCCGCCCCCAGCUUGUCCAUGAAGCCCCCCCCCCCCGCCCCGCCCCACCCCAAGGCCCUCCAUGCAGCACCUAUAGGUGUCAGUAUUACCUAAGCCUAGGCUAAAGCCAGCCCAAGGCUGAAGGGAGAGAUUCCAGGUCAGAAUGUGAGGUCUUGGUCUAUGAUUUGAGGUGUUGCAUGUGGAAUCCUGAACUGUACGUGUAGUUCUUAGUGGAAAUCGAGGCUCUGAUCGUUUUGUUUUUAGUAUGCAAAUGUGAUUUCCUUUCUGUUUGUCACUCAUCAUAGAAGCAUUGUGGUGGGAGGAGAGGGGAUAGUCUACUGCUAAUGAGGGAGACACCAAAGAUCUACAUCAUUAAAAUGAUGACAUGCCCCUC